AUGUAUACUGCACUGGAAUUACAAAUGACACACACACUUGCUGCUGGGCAGGAGACAUAUGCAGAGAAAACACAAUAUACUGGGAAAAAUUGGAACUUUCCAAAGAACCACACCUGGAUGCAUGUGUUCAAUGAAAUUGAAGCCAAAGGUGUCACCCACAAUUUCAAUACAAAGCUGAAUGAGAAAAUGCAUGGCCCCUUGAAGGAAGCAUAUCAGAAACAAACAAACUUCAAGAAUGUCACUCAGCAAAUUACAGAAUAUGAUACUUACAUGUUGACCACAACAGCAACAUGUCUGGGUAGCCUUGAAGCUGGCAAGCCUGAAGAAGACUUUUUACAUGUCAAGUUGGGUAGCAAAAUGAAGGAACCAUUAAUGUUUGAGGACAUGGAGAGGAAGAGUACUACUAACAAUGCAUUCAGCUGGUUCCAGGGAAAGCUCAGCAAGUUCCUCAAUAAACACUUUGAUAUUGCAGGGAAACCUCUCCCUGGUGGGAAGCACAUCCAAUUCCAAAUGAAUGAGAAGGUUAACUUUGAAUCCACUGUCAAUUGGUGUCAGUACACAGAUAAUCUAUGUUUCCACCCUAAUUUCCAUGGACACCCCUGUUAUGACUGCAUGCUCAUCAAGACUCAGCAAAAAGAUGUAUUUGGGUGA